AUAGAAACAGUACGAGCUUUGUGCAUGUUUGCUGGUAAGCAAUGAUGAGAGAAAGUAAUUUGGUGGACAAACUUGGUCCCCUUGCUUUCAUGCUGGGCACUUUUGGACCACCAAUUUCAAUUUUCUUCUUUUUCAACUGUUAUAAACCUACCUUUCUUCCUUUAUUCAUCUUCCAUUUCACCUUAUAUCUCAAUUAGAAACAUAUCUGACCCAUCAAACAAGAGAAACAUAGAGAGUUAGAGUGUGUGUGUGUGUGUGUUUUUGUGUCUGUGUCUGUAUUCUGAUGGGGAAUAACAGGUUUAAGUUGUCAGAUAUGAUGCCAAAUGCUUGGUUUUACAAGCUCAAAGAUAUGAGCAGAUCAAGAAACAGAAAUGGUUCUCAUGUUAUGAAGAGUAAAGUAUCUUCACCAACAACAUCUCAAAGGUCGCUGCCAAGAUAUUCACACUAUUUCUCCACUGAGCCGAUCAGAACUGGUAAGCUAUACAACACUCCCAUUCACACCAGAGAUUUGGACAUGCCAUUCACUGAUUCACCUACAAGAUCAUCCAAGAGAAGGACUAGGAGAAAAACCAUUUACAAGCCUUCUCCCACUGUUGUUUCUUCCUCUUUCUUACCAACUUCCAACUAUGACUCCACCGAUCAUUGGAUCAAACCAUACCAAGAUCAGUCACCACCAGAUUAUGAUGUGUCUUCAGUUGAAAGCUCUUCUGAAUCGGAUCUCCAUGAGUACGCUUAUUCUGAGUCUGAAUGUGACAGUUUUUCUGUUCCUGAUUUACUUAACGGAAUGGCCCCUAAUGGCAGCUGCAGAGUUAGCUCUUCCACUAACGACAUCAUCAUUGACAUGAACAACGACUCCUUCCUUGGGAACUCUGAAAACCAAGAUGGGUUUGAUGCAAUUUCAGAGCUGGGUCUUCCCCCAAUAUUGACAAAGCCAGUGAAUUUUGAUGACAAGGUCAUUGAAGCCACUGAGUUGAGAAGUUAUGAACUGCAGUAUGAUCAGUCUUUCUCAAUUGAAAUCAACAAAGAGGAAGAUAGCAGAACUCAAAGGAGGAGAAAAAGCAGUCAUAGAAAGCCCUUCUCUAAUUCUUCUGGCAUAAGGCUUAGAAUCAAUUCUCCAAAACUUGCUAGCAGAAAAAUUCAAACUUGUGCAAGAAGGAGUGUUUCAUCAACUGCAAGCAGAGCUUCAAGGAGCACAGGUUUUCCCGAUGGGUUUGCUGUUGUGAAGUCCUCAUUUGAUCCACAGAGUGAUUUCAGGGAAUCAAUGGUGGAGAUGAUUGUGGAGAACAAUAUCCGAGCAUCGAAAGAUUUGGAGGACCUACUUGCCUGCUACCUUUCCCUCAAUUCUAGUGAAUACCAUGAUCUCAUUGUUAAAGCAUUUGAGCAAAUUUGGUUUGACUUGGCUCAACUUAGAAUGUAAAGAUCUUAUUGUUAUCCAAUGCAUGUUUAUAGUCUUGUAACUA